AUGUUCAGGUGCCCCGAGUGCGUGCGGCCUCGGCAGCGGGGGGCUGUGGGGGAGCGGGCCGCGCUCUGCCCGCUGGCGCACGGGAUGCGAGGGAGCGGGGGAGCUCAGGUUCACGAGCGUUCGCGGGGCGCGGAGCGUCGCGUUCCUCCCGCGCGUUCGCGGCGGGAACUGAUGUGUGGUGCCUGGGUGCGAGCCGUUCAUGGGGCCGUGGUUGCGGGUCUCCCGGAAUGCCCCCCUCCCGCCUCCGUGCAGCACGCGGGGGUGGCGGCGCUCUCGUUGACCGUGGAGCGCUGGCGGGAUGGGGUAGAGCGGAGUAUCCCGCGCUCCCCCUCCACGGUCCCUUCGUCCUCGGCCCUUCGUCGAGUGCCCCCGGCUGCGCUGAAUUUCCGCAGCACGGUCUGUGGGAGAACUGACGGCUCAGCGGACCCAGCGCUCGUAAUAUUAGGGACGUGGGGUCAGUGUGACCGUGAAGUGGUUCUGUGCAUACGCGGUGCCUUCAGAGCCUGUCUCUGCAGAAAACACCUCAAAGAUAUCUUAUCUUCCAGCCGCAAUGUGUCCAGCAACAAUGUGUCCACCAGCUUUUUGUGGGGCUUGGACUGCGACGCCAGCAGGACCUCGGAGCUUCUGGGAGUGUCUGUCCUUAAGAAGGAGAAGGUGGACGAUGAAAACACUGUAGAAGAUGCGCAGGGGGCAUCAUCCUGUUCUCACAAACGGCAGAAGAUGAAGGAGAGGGACUUUGUCAUUGUGCGCCGGCCUCGGCUGCUCCGCGAUUCAGGUGCUUCUUGGGAUACACUUCCAGAUGAAUUGCUUUUGGCCAUCUUUGCAUAUUUGCCCCUAAGUGACUUGAUAAGAGUUUCUGUUGUUUGCAAGAGGUGGCAUCGUCUUUCGUUUGAUGAAUCUCUCUGGCAGACUCUUGAUCUGGCUGGUAAAAUUUUGUUGCCAGGGGUGGUUGGACAGUUGCUGCCUGCAGGUGUUACUGUAUUCCGCUGCCCACGAUCUUCUAUUGGGAGCCCAUUGUUCAAAACAAGCAAACCUCUCAAACUUCAAUGUAUGGAUUUGUCGAACUGUACAAUGUCUGUUGCAAGUCUCCAGAGUAUUCUUAGUCUGUGUGAAAAGCUGCAGAACCUCAGCUUGGAGGGGCUAGUGCUUUCUGAUGACAUCAUCGAAUAUAUUGCUCAGAAUCCCAGUUUGGUGCGACUAAAUCUCUCUGGGUGCUCAGGGUUUGCUGUAGAACCCUUGAAGCUGAUGUUGAGCAGCUGUUCUAUGUUGGAUGAGCUGAACUUGUCCUGGUGUAACUUCACAGAUGCCCAUGUCAAAGCAGCAGUCAACCAUAUUACUUCAAAAGUAACCCAAUUAAACUUAAGUGGAUACAGACAGAAUCUACAAAUUCAAGAUGUUCAGACACUGGUGGAAAGAUGUCCUUUACUUGUCCAUUUAGAUCUAAGUGACAGCGUGAUGUUAAACCCUGAGUGUUUCAAGUAUUUCCAUAAACUCAGCUAUCUACAGCAUCUGUGUCUUAGCCGAUGUUAUCAGAUAUCCCCUGCUGACUUAGCGGAACUUGGUGGAAUUCCAACAUUAAAGACUCUUCAGGUAUUUGGAAUCGUGACUGAUGGCUCCCUAGACGUCCUCAAGGAAUCUCUUCCUGACGUAGAGAUCAAUUGUUCAUACUUUACAAGUAUCGCAAGGCCAACUGUUGGUAGGAAAAGGAGCCAUGAGAUUUGGGGCAUCAAAUGCAAAUUGGCACUGAGAAAUUUUAGUGGCUUAUGAUCAUGUACAAUGCCCUGGAUGCAAUAAACAUACUGUGUGUAGUGAAGCUCCUUAAGAACCAGAAUGCUGGAGCACUUUCAGUGAUAGUAUUGUUAUUGUAAAACGCAUUCUGACUUGAUCUUGUGCCUUAAUGUAGUUUCAUAAAUAUUCUCACAGUAUUUUUUUACUGACAGCCUUUAGAAACCUGAUAAUGUGGGAGCGAUUGUGGACUUCUUUUUUUCUGUAACUGGGGAUAUUUUUUCAGAAGUACUGUGAAACAGCUGUUGUAAUCAAACAGUGCCAGCCUCUAGCGACUGUUGCAUGUUCUGAUGCAGCUUUUGGUGCUUUGUGGUGUUCUAAAGGUGCUUCUGGUU